AAAUUGAGGGGGGUUGGGGAGGGGGCAGCUGCCCACCUUAUCUCGCUGUAGCUCCGCCCCUGCCAUCACUUGGUAUUGCCUCAUCCAUCACAACGACAUUUUUCUAAUCUUUAUCAAACUUGAUAUUGAAGAGAAUAACUGUGUGGUUUUUUCUAAAGGAAUAUAGAUACUUCACCCAGAAAUUGUCCAUAUACUACACCAGCUAAUUCUAUUUGCUUAAGUUGACUAUAUACAGAGUCUUUUCUUUUCUUUUUUGCCAAACUGUAUUUUCCAGCAAACCUGUUUUCAUCAGAAGUAUCACUAGGGGCAACAGGCUCCUCCCACCUUCAGGUGAGAGCAUAAAUAGCCGUUUCUGCUCAGUGGAUGCUGGCAGACACCCGACCGCACUUCUGGCUUCUCCUAGACGACUUUUUUUUUUGGCCUCAAGUGAGUUUUGUUCCGUCUAAAUAAUCAUCUGAAUGCUAAUUUAACUCACUAGUUACAUUGUUGUUUUUUUUGGCGAAUUUGGAAAAUUAUGAUUUAUUUUGGUUUAUCAAACUGUUGGGUUGUUUCGACUUCAUUUUCCUGACUAUUUUUUUUUUGGAGGAAAUAGAUUAUUUUUGAAGGUGUCUGUUUGUUUUGAGGCCUCAGGUGGCUCAGGUUGUCCCGCUGCAUCGGUGAGAAGCAGGUGGAGCCCGUAGGUGUCCGGGAUGAUGGAGUCCGCGCUGCUGCUCCUGCUGGCGCUCUCCUGUUUCUGCAGUGCUCAACGCGUUACGUACAUAUCUCCAAAUCGAGGGAGCAUUAAUGGAGCAACACGUCUCACCAUCGUUGGAGAAGGUUUUGCUCAGGAACAACAAUUCCAACUGAAUCCAAAAGAUGACACGUUUGGGAACCGUGUGACUCUGGUGUCCAGUUCCCUGUCCAUUCCCUGCGAUGUGGAAAGAGACUCCACACACAGCAACCAGAUCCAGUGCUACACCAGGUCUAUGCCACAGGAUCAAUAUGUGGUCUAUGUGAAUGUGGAUGGCAUUCCAAUUCCAAACAGCAAUAAAUGCUAUGGUUAUUACACAUCGUACCGCUGCAGCUUUUAUACGGUUUCAUAUCGAACACCCACCAUCCAGUCCCUGAGUCCUGUAAGCGGCCCUCCAGGCACGCUGGUGACGGUGAGAGGACGGAUCUACUCAGACGUUUACGGAAGCAACACCGACUUGAGCUCCAAUGGCUUGAAUGUGCGAUUCCUGAGAUCCUUCAUGGGAGGAAUGCCUUGUGACCUGCUCAUACCUGAGUCAGAUAAUCUGUACAACCUUCAGCUGGAUUCAGAAACUUCCACUUGGGGAUACAUGAGCUGCAAAAUGACUGGAACAUACGUUGGUCAUCACAACAUGAGUUACAUUCUUGAUGACGAAUAUGGAAGGAGUUUACCAGACAAAAGUUCGUUUUGGGUUUCAUCACUGGACAAACUCUCCAUGUUUCAGACGUUUGCAGAGGUGACCGGAGUCUCUCCUUCGGAGGGCAGCACAAUGGGAGGAACACUGCUGACCAUUCACGGCCAGUUCUUUGACCAAACUGAUCAGCCGGCACGCGUUCUUGUUGGAGGUUUGCCUUGUGAGGUCCAGAGUGUGAGUGAUGACAGGAUUAUAUGCAGGACUGCUGCACAGCAGAUGAAGACUGAUAACAGAAAGGUGUACCCAGGCGGCCGAGGCUUGAAGGUGGAGGCGUGGAACAACACGAAUCCUCGUUACUUGACUGACAUCCGCAGCUACAACAAGAACACAACCGGCUACUGGUCACAGUUGAUCGAUUCCCUCCCACACACAUUCCCCCGUGAAAUAGAAUACUUCACUUCUCGAACCAGAGGUUUCCUUGUGCCUCCAGCCAGUGGCAACUACACUAUAUACCUGCACUGUGAUGACAGAUGUGAACUCUACCUUAGCAACUCGUCUCGUCCAGAAGAUCAGGUUCAAAUUGCAGCACAGCCACGUUACGUGUCCAACUACUACACACUGGAUUCUCAAAAAUCCAAAGUGCUGUCUUUGGAGAAAGGAAAACCCUAUUACAUGGAGCUUCUGCACCAAGAGUAUGCUGUAGUAGCUUCGAUCAACAUUGGCUUGUUCCGGGGGGACAGUUCUUUCACUAAAGACCAGACAGAUGACGCUGUAAACGAAGUCCAGAAGAUUAUUGCUACAUAUGAAGCUUUUGAUGAGGAGCAGGUGAUCACGUUCAACUCAUGGCCUGCUGAUGUUAAAGCAGUCCAAGAAGUCCAGGAGGUCACCGUGAGCAGCAACUGUCCUGACCAUCUUUGUGGAAACACUUUCUACAGCCUGGGUUACGGACUUGCCAAAACCGGGCCCAUCCCUGUCGGUGCCUCGGCGGGGGUGGUGGAGGCAGCCUUAAACAGCCUGUGGUCCAUCAAGCCUGACACAGUCCAGGUCAGCAAGCAGGGAACCAGCCAGAGCUCUGACUACACAGUCACAUUUAAAUCCAACAGAGGAGAUUUUGAGCCUCUUUGGUAUGAGGUGUUUGGCUCAGACACAAACAUCACAGUUACCGAGGUUACCAAGGGACACAGCAGCCUCAGAACCUUUACUCUCCUUUGGGGGGGAGUUGUGACAAAGCCCAUCAGUUACAAUGCUUCAGAGUCUGAGGUGCUGUCGGCUCUGGAGGACUUAAUGAGUGCCAAGUGUCCCUCUGAGAUCCUGAGUGCAGAGGGGCCUGAUGUCAAGUACUUCAAUGACUUUGAGAAUGACAACUCUCAGUUUAACAGUGCUCAGACAGGGACUCCUGUCAACCACUUUGGUUUCUGCGGUUUGUGGUCCUUAAAGAACCCGGCAGUUCUUUUCACGGAAAGCUACACCAAAAAGCCUGGAGUCAGCUAUGGACCAGUGGCACUGAGUCAGCACUCCACACUUUGCUUUGCUUACACGGGAGGACUGAAAGAUGAAGUUGGAAUAAAGUUCACUUAUGAAAAAAGCAAUGGCCAAACUAUAACACAGCUAGCAAAAAUUAACACGUUUUUCAACAAGGAGCCCAAAUGGAGCUAUAAAUGCCUUGAUCUGCUGAGCUCCCUGCAGACGGAAUAUAUCGGAAGCAAAUACACCCUUUUGGAACUUUACCUCUACAAAGACAACUCCGGAGCUGAUUUUUAUGUGGAUGCUGUUUACAUUGGAAAGUGGCUCACCACAAAUGAAGAAAAUGUUAUUCCCAACAAGAGACGGCCCCCUCCCUUUGAGAGCUCUGGCAAGUCUUUUGAAGCGUUCACCGUCACCAAAGAUCAAUCUAAGGCUUCACGAUUCAGCUACACAAUCAAAGCAACACCGGUGGAUUGUGGAUUUGACUUUCCACUGCUUCAAAUUGGUUUCUUGUCAAAGACGUCUAACAGCAGUGACGAGGCAACCGUUUUCAUGGAAGCAGGCGCCAGCGUCAAUAUCACCCGCCCUCACAAAGCCUCCCCUCCUCUGAGUGGCACUUUUGACGUGGAGAUUUUUGGAGGCCAAGUGAAAGAUCUGUCUGUGGACAUCAGUGAGAAGGAUCUGAAAUAUGCUCUGGAGGGAAUUGAAGGCAUGGGGCAAGUCCAGGUUCAGAAAUCAGGCAACUGCAGGCGUCCUAAUUGGAGGGUGGAGUGGCUCACGAAGCCUGGAGACCAGCCUCUGAUAAAGAUCGACUCCUCAUCUGUUGUUGGCAACAAUGUAGUCAUUUCAUCCGUGGAGGAAGUGCAGGGAGGGCUGAUGAUUCGCGGCUUGACUGGAGAUUUCUUCAGAGUGUGGGAAAACAAACCACAGGUGGAGGUGUACAUCAACGGCAUUCCUUCAAAGUGCUCUGGAGUUUGCAGCUUUGAGUGGACAGAGAAAAACACUCCAAUUGUGACCGGAAUCAGCCCAUCUGAGGGAUCUCACAGCCUGGGCACUCUUCUGACAAUCACUGGCACUGGCUUCAGUAAUGAAAAUGCUUCCAUCAUGGUGGGAAUGGCUAAGUGUGUCGUGGAAGUGAUCACAGAUAACACUCAGGUUUGCAGACUGAGUCCUGCCGCUGCUGGCACUUACCCGGUGUCAGUCAAUUUUCCCUCUCUGGGUGACUCACAGUACGCCAACAACAGCAUUUCCCAAUUUACCUACCUGCUCACAGUUUCAUCUGUGUCCCCACUGUCUGGAAGCACUGCAGGAGGCACAUUGGUGACGGUGAUUGGAGUCGGUCUGAGCCAGAGUGCCACGGUUACAGUUGGCGGCGAGGAGUGCGUGGUGGUUCAUGCAAGUGAGACAGAGCUGAAAUGCAGAACACCAGCGGGAAAUGCUGGACCCCAUGUUGUCACGGUAACUGUGGGAAACAUGAGCAAAACUGCAGAGAGCAACUUUACCUUCGACGAAAAUCUGACUCCUCAGAUGUCAAGCUUGAGUCCUAAGGCCACCACUGUGAUAGGACACCGUUUUCUCACCAUCAUGGGCUCAGAUCUUGGAGGCCAAGACAAUGACAGCGCUGUGUUUGUUGGCACAAAGGAAUGUGUGGCAGUGCAGUGGACGCCAACAAAUAUCACUUGCCUCCUCCCUGUGCUGCCACCCGGCAUGUACAAAGUGGGUGUGCAGGUUGGGAACAGAGGCUUCCCCAAAACAAGCAAUGGACUGAAUGCUACCAUUGAAUACAUCCUUGAAGUGCAUAACAUCUUCCCGCUGGCUGGCUCUUUAUUGGGAGGCACCAAGCUGACUGUUUCCGGCGCUGGUUUCAGCAACAACCUAACAGACAACAAAGUGUCCAUCGGAGCUGCUGAUUGUGAAGUGGUGGCCGCCUCAAAGAACGAGCUACAGUGUGUGUUAAAGUCAGAGCAGAGGACCCACAUUGUCACAAACCAGGGAUCUCACCUCAUCUACGGACAGGGUUAUGCAUGGAGUCCCGGCUCGCUCACAGUGUUUGUGGGAGACACAGUAAGGUGGCAGUGGGAGGCGCCUGCCUUCCAGAGUGUCGGCUACAGAGUCUUCAGCGUUUCGAGCCCCAGUGGCUCCACUUACACAGAGGGACCUCUCAACAGUGGAGGGACCAAGACUGCCAAAGGGUCUUUUGGCUACCGUUUCACAGUCCCUGGUGUGUACUACUACAGCAGUGGCUACGUAGAUGAUUACAACACCCGUCUUCUGCAGGGUGUCGUGAAAGUCAGGAGCAGAGAGGAGAAAAGCAGCUUUGUAUCCGUGAGCGUAGGAGGCAUUGAAGCCACCUACGUAGCAGGAGGGUCACGUCGGGUUUCCAGAGCAGCACAGCUGUGCGUUGCUUCCCCACAGUGCCAACAGGCCAACCAAACCUCAGAUGAGCUGUCCUUCACCACCUCCGCUUGCUACACCCCCAUUAUCCACUCCAUCUCCCCCAAUCAGGGCUCAUACCAUCAGGAAAUUCUCAUUCAGGGACAAGGCUUUAGUGACACCGCCUGCGCUGUCGAGGUGACAGUGGGUGAUGAGCCCUGUCAGGUGGUCAACAGCUCUCUUUCUGAGAUCAGCUGCCUCCUUAGCUCUGACACCAUGCUCCCGGUUGGUAUUGCUCUGUCUGUGGAUGUCAGGGUGAACAACCUGGGCAGCGCCAUUGUUGCUAUUUCAGAGGAGUUUGAGCGUCGCUUCGUGGUCCUGCCAGUUGUUGACUCCGUCUCACCUCCCAUUGGCAGCCCCACAGGCCACACCAGGCUCCUUAUCCAGGGGUCUGGAUUCUCAGAGGGAGAAGUAACUGUAGCUGGCCAGCCCUGCAAAGUGCUGACACUCAACUACACUCACAUUGUCUGCGACACAGCCCCUUCAACAUCUCACAGAGGGGAUGUCAUCUUCCACAUGGGCCGCAUUCAAAGCUCCUGUAACUCCAACUGCUCCUUUCUGUACUCCCCCUCUGUCACCCCCACAGUUAGCAGCAUCACCCCAGACAGCAUCAAUAACGUGACUGAUGUAGUUAUCUAUGGCUCUGGGUUCGGCAGCCGUGUGGAUGAUGUGGCUGCUUUUGCCAGCGGCACCGAGUUAGAGGUCACAGCUGUGACUGAUGCAAACAUCACAGUGAGAGUCAGUGCGCUGGCUGCAGGCGACCAUCCAAUCACAGUCAUCGUGAGGAGCAGAGGCCUCGCUUCAGGACAGGUGACGCUGAACAGCCGCGCCCAGGCUGACCUGUACCCCAACGUGGGCAGCGUUGAGGGAGGAACCCCACUCGUAAUCACAGGGAACGGAUUUUCAGAGGGGAACACGACCGUGAUGGUUGGUGGUGCAUCCUGCAAAAUUCAGAAGGUGAGACCUGGUCUCCUUUGCUGCCUGACUCCUCCGCACAGUGCAGGACUGGCGACCGUCAGCAUCCGAGUCUUCGCUGUGAACUACCCACCACUUAGCUUUAACUACUCCUCAGCUUACACUCCUGUCAUCAGUUCAGUCAGCCCCAUCUCAGGACCGAGCGGGUCUGUCAUCACGCUCACUGGUUCUGCUUUUGGCGCUGACCCUCAGCUCAUUGCUGUUACCAUAAACCAGAUUCCCUGCAAUGUGUCUGCCGUCUCUGACACUGAGGUCCAGUGUACGGCAGGUAGCAAUCCAGGAGGGGCAUACCCAGUCAAGUUACAACACCUGGUCAAAGGAUAUGCUCAGUCAGUCAUCAGGUUCACGUACGAACUGACUCUGAGCGGAGUGCAGCCAAACGAAGGCGGCUUUGGUGGUGGAGCUCUGCUGUCUAUUCAGGGCUCUGGGUUCGAUUCACAGAACUCUAUGGUGCUGAUCUGUGGACAGACCUGUAAGGUGGACAGAGAAAACUCCACUUCCACACUUCUGCGCUGCCGUUCUCCGCUUAACAACAGUACUCAGCAGCAGGUGAGCUGUAAUGUGACCGUCGUCAAUCCACAAAACGCUGUCAACAUGUCCAAUGGCUUCACCUACAAAUCUGAGCUGACUCCAGUGAUUUCCGAGGUGUCUCCACGCAGAGGAGGUACUGCGGGAGGCACCCGGCUUACCAUCUCUGGCUCUGGAUUCAGCUCCAACGUUAAUGACAUUGCGGUGACGAUUGCCGGGUCAGUGUGUGAUGUCGCGUCUGCCAACAGCACACACAUCAUCUGUGUGACAAACGCCCAGGGUCAGUCUCAGCUCGCCAAAGUUCAAGUCAGUGUUGGAAACCAGGGCAUUGCCAUGAUGGAUACUGCAGAUUUCUUCUACAUCGAUGUUUGGUCAUCCAAGUUCACUUGGGGAGGGUUAUCUCCACCUGAAAAGGGCUCGUUUGCCGUCAUCACAAAAGGCCAGACUAUCUUGUUGGACACCAGCACACCUGUGCUCAAGAUGCUUCUGAUUCAAGGCGGGACCCUGGUGUUUGAUGAAGCAGACAUUGAGCUGCAGGCAGAAAACAUACUGAUCACUGAUGGCGGGAGGCUCCAAAUUGGCCAGGAGGGGGCGCCAUUUCAGCAUAAGGCCAUCAUCACACUUCAUGGGCAUCUGCGCUCACCUGAGCUUCCAGUUUACGGAGCCAAGACGCUGGCGGUUAGAGAAGGCGUGCUGGACCUUCAUGGCAUUCCUGUUCCUGUACCAUGGACCCACUUGGCAGAGACAGCAACAAAUGGUUCACUCACUUUGACGCUGAUGAAGGCGGUCACGUGGAAACCUGGAGAUGAAAUCGUCAUCGCCUCAACUGGCCACAGGCACAGCCAAAGAGAAAACGAGGUGAGGAAGAUUGCCUCCGUCUCCGCUAACGGAAAGACCCUCACUUUGACUGAACCCCUCACAUACACUCACCUGGGGGUGUCUGUCACGCUGCCCGAUGGCACAGUGUUUGAGGGCAGAGCAGAGGUGGGUCUUCUCACGAGGAACAUCUUAGUGCGAGGCUCCCAACAACAAGAGUGGAAUGACAACAUAGAAGCCUGUCCUGACGGCUUCAACACAGGAGAAUUUGCCACCCAGACUUGUUUCCAAGGACGCUUUGGGGAAGAGGUUGGCAGCGAUCAGUUUGGAGGCUGCAUCAUGUUCCAUGCUCCCAGACCAGGUGAAAACCUGGCAAUCGGCCGACUAGAAUAUGUUGAGCUAUUCCACGCAGGACAGGCAUUCAGGCUUGGACGCUAUCCCAUUCACUGGCAUCUGAUGGGAAACAUUAACUACAAGUCAUAUGUGAGAGGAUGCGCCAUCCAUCAGACCUUCAACAGGGCCGUGACCAUCCACAACACCCAUCGACUGCUGGUGGAGCACAAUGUCAUAUACAACAUAAUGGGUGGAGCUUUCUUCAUUGAAGAUGGGAUUGAGACAGAGAACAUCCUGCAGUACAACCUCGCUGUGUUUGUCAAACAAAGUACCAGUCUCCUGAAUGAUGACGUCACUCCUGCUGCGUACUGGGUCACCAAUCCGAACAACAUCAUCCGCCACAAUGCUGCAGCAGGCGGCACCCACUUUGGGUUCUGGUACCGCAUGCACGAUCACCCAGACGGGCCGUCAUACGAUCCAAACAUCUGCCAGAAAAGAGUUCCCCUCGGUGAGUUUUUCAACAACACCGUCCACUCUCAGGGCUGGUUUGGACUUUGGAUCUUCCAGGAGUUUUUUCCGAUGAAAAAUGGAAACUGCAAUUCCAAAAGCCCUCAGCCUGCUGUCUUUCGAUCUCUCACCACCUGGAACUGCGAGAAAGGUGCUGAGUGGGUUAAUGUUGGCGCCGUACAGUUCACUAACUUUGUCAUGGUCAACAACGAGAAAGCUGGCAUUGAAGCUAAACGCAUAAUGCAGUGGGCUGUGAGUAGCUUUGGAGAAGACGGAGGGGCCACAGUGUUAAAUUCCACCAUCGUGGCCCACGUGGAUGAGCUCGGUCUGGGAAGCGAUUACUGCACACGCCGUGGCGUCAUCACGCCCUUUGACGAUGGCAUGAGCGUCCUCAACACCAAAUUCAUCAAUUUUGACCGUGACAGCUGUGCAGCAAUUGGAGUAACGUCAAUCGACGGAACGUGCGUGGAUCGGUGUGGCGGCUGGGCUGUCAGGUUUAGUGGCAUCCAGUACUCAAACUCUCCCAACAAAGCCGGCUUCAGGUGGGAGCACGAAGUCCAGCUGGUGGACACUGACGGCUCCCUCACAGGGAACAUCAACCAUAAGGUUGUGCCUAUGAGCAACUUGUUGGACCCAGCUCACUGUUCCCAGAGUAAUGAGUGGAGCGUGGGUUUCCCUGCCGCUGUGUGUGAUCACACCAUCAACUUCCAUCGUCUGGCUUUCAACAAUCCUACACCAGACUCCCUACAUGCAAAAGAUGUCAUCUUAACCAACUGUCAUGGUAGUAGUGUGGUCCCUUACCUGAAGAAGAGACUGACUCAUAAGCUUGGUUGGAUGGCCCUACUGCCUUCUGGACAGACCUACAACUGGUACUUUCACAAUGCCGACCAAAUCACCAACAUCACCUAUGAUGCCAAGUUCUAUGGCUUCAAGUCGGAUGAAUAUGUAAUCAUCAACCACAACUUCACCCAGAGCCCCGACAGUUUCCGUAUCAUCGACAACAGAAACGGGUCGACAACGCCGCUGAGAUUCGGCAGCAACAAGAACGGAGACUGGUUCUUCAAUAACAGAACCAACGACCUCUUCUACAUGGUGUCUGGGGAUACACGGCAGCGCAGGAGGCGCAGCAGCGUGGACCGCUCCAUGGUCGAUGUUGUGACAAACUUCGCAGUCUACCGUUGCUUCUAUCCCAAAUGCAUCCCUCCGCCUCCAGCCACACUUGCCCCUAUACCCAAUGGUCGACCCAGUAACUUUGUUUGGUGGUCUGAUGAAUCUUUCUGGAAAAAUUCACGUGAGAACAACUUCACCGUGCCAAAAGACGGCUCUGAUGUGGUGAUCCCUUCAGGGAAGUGGGUUGUUUUGGACAGCAACACUCCGACCCUCAACAAGCUGACCAUCGUCGGGGUCCUGGAGAUCCCCGACAGCACAAGUGACUCUCCCACCAGACAGGCUCGGUCCACAACUGAGUACAGUUCAGUGGUGAUCGAUGCUGUGUACAUCUCUAUUCAGGGAGGAAAAAUGAUUGCAGGACUACAAGACCAGCCAUUCAGAGGUCAACUCCUCUUCAGACUGAGGGGGAACCACCGCACUCCUGACUGGCUGCUGCCAAAUGGACCCAACCAAGGAUCCAAAGUCCUGGGUGUCUUUGGUGUUCUGGAACUGUAUGGACUUCCGCACAAUGUUUACCACACCAAACUGGCUGCCACAGCUGAUGCGGGAUCCAGCACUCUGACUCUGGCGAAGUCGGUCGAUUGGCAGGUUGGAGACGAGAUUGUCAUCUCCACUACCAGCUACAACACAUCGGAGACAGAAAAGCGGCAGCUUACUGCGGUUUCAGCCGAUGGCCGCACCCUGACCCUGAACCAACCUUUGGCCCACACUCACAUUGGUGAGACUCAUUCUGUUCCUGGCACAUCUUUGUCCUACACUAUGGCGGCUGAUGUCGGCCUCCUGACCAGAAACAUCCGAAUUAUUGGUGAGAAUUAUCCGCAAAUGCAGUCAGAGUCAUUUGGAGCCAGACUGUUGGUUGGCACUUUCUCCAGCGGAGGAAUUGACUACAAAGGUAUGGCUCAGAUCAGGAAUGUGGAGUUCUUCCAGACUGGUCAGGAAGGAUGGACUGACUACUAUGACCCUCGUUAUUCUGUGGCUUUCCUCAACCUGGGAGAGAUUCCCGCAAACAAGUCGUACAUUCAGGGCUGUGCGUUCCAUGAUGGUUUCUCUCCAGCCAUCGGCGUCUUUGGGACAGAGGGGCUCAACAUCGAUGACAACAUCAUUCACCACACUGUUGGAGAAGGAAUCAGGAUUUGGGGAAACAAGAUAACAGUGAGGAGGAACCUGGUGAUGACAUCCCUUUGGCCAGGUUCUUACCAGGACAGAGAAGAAUCCUUCAACUUUGACUGGAAUGCAGCCGUUGAGAUUAAUGAGGGGACCAACGUCGUGCUGCAGAACAACAUCGUAGCAGGUUAUGAGAGGGUAGCCUACCGCAUCAACGGGGAACCAUGCCCAGGAUAUCCGAAUGUCAACCAGGCCUGGAUCAAUAACGAGGCUCAUGGAGGUCUGUAUGGAGUCUACCUGAACAAAGAUGGUCUGCCUGGAUGCAGCUUCAUCAGAGGCUUCUUCAUCUGGAAGAGCUUUGAUUUUGCCAUUUACUUUCAGACCAUAAUGGAUGUUGUUGUUUCCAAUGUGACGCUGGUGGACAAUGGGAUGGGCAUCAUGCCCCUCAUCUAUGCUCCGCCCUCUCUGUCUCAUGCUUACGCUAAUAAAACUGUGGAGAUCCAGAAUGCAUUGAUUGUCAGCACCAGCCCAAACUUCCGCUGCUCAGACACAUUAAGCUCCAGUGACUUCAACAUAGACAUCAGCGCCUUGCAUCGAGCCCCCAGACCUCCCCAGGGGGGCAGAUCUGGAAUCUGUUGGCCCAAUUUUGCCUCUGGACACAACACCGCUCCCUUUAAACCUCACCAUCUGAACAUGAACUACAAUGCCAUUAAAGGACUGAUGACAGUCAGAGACACAACAUUUGUCAAUUUCAAUGAAAUCUGCUCUGGUGAAAAGGAUGCUAUGUUUAUCACUAACCCGAUCAAUGAGGACCUGCAGCAUCCGGUUGAAGUUUCAGGGAUAAAGAUGAUCAACAGCAUUGAGCAGAGCAAAGUGUUUGUUCACAGACCCGAUGUGGGCAAAGCGAACCCAGCUGACUGUGUGGACAUGGACUGUGAUGCCAAGAAGAAAACUUUGCUAAAAGAUCUGGAUGGGUCGUUCCUGGGGGCAGUAGGAGCUGUGGUGCCUCAGUCUGAGUACGAGUGGGGAGGAGACCCCAGGAGGGGGCUGGGUGACUAUCGUAUCCCCAAAGUUAUGUUGACAGCGCUCAAUGGCAGCCGAAUUCCAGUUGAACAGGUUGCUCCUUAUAAAGGUGUUAUCAGGAAGAACUGCACCUACAUGAGCUCCUGGCAGAGCUACAAGUGCUUUGGGCUCAACUAUAGGAUGGUGGUGAUUGAGAGUCUUGACGCGGACACGGAGACCAGGCGUCUGUCCCCAGUGGCUGUACUUGGAGAUGGCUAUGUGGAUUUGAUCAACGGUCCCCAGGAUCAUGGUUGGUGUGCAGGCUACACCUGCCAGAAGCGAGUGUCCCUGUUCCACGGCAUCAUGGCCACAGGUCACUCAUACGACGUGUACUUCACCAGUGUCAGCCCACAGAAACUCCGCCUCAUGAUGCUGGACGCCAGUCCCUCCGAGAGUGUCUUGGUGUCGGUCUUUUACUCCAAACCUCAGAGGUUGGAUGUUUAUGUUGACAACAAUCUGGUCGCUCCAAACAACGCUGUGUGGAAUGGGGAUAAAACUGACUACAUCCUAUCAGAACCAAUCAUUGCAAAUGAGUUUGUUCCCAAGAUGAACUCCACCCUGGGCAGUAACUAUUUUGAUCAAGACUACAAGAUGCUGAGGGUCCUGCUGAGGGGCUCCACGCCAGUGGAGAUAAGAACUUCUCCGGUUCUUGUCCUGGCCUUUAACAUGCCUGCUAUGUCUGAGGAGGAGUUCUUUGGUGGAAACCUCAUCCAGAAUCUGGCCACGUUCCUCAAAGUUCCACCAAAUAUGAUUCGUAUCACCAGUGUGAUCAGAGAGGGCGGAGGUGCGCGGCGCAGGAAGAGAGCCACGGGCCUAACGGUCAAUGUGGAGAUCAAGAAACCUCCCGUGCAGCAGACCACCAACGCCACUAAUGAUGAGGAGGACUUUACUCUGUUGAAGAACAUUGCUGACAACCUGGGUCAAGCUGCAGUUUCUGGAAACCUCAGUCAGUCCAUUGGCUUUAAUGUGUCCUCAAUGGGCAUCAUUCCCCCCCCUCCCCCAUCCUCAGACCCCAGCUGGAAUGAGGUGGCAUCAGAAGACGUCACAAGAGAGGAACCUAAAGCAAAUUACGUGUCCAGCGUGUCCAGCCUGCUGCUGGUGGAGGAGCCCAUCGCCGGAGAGUUUGUUGGACCUCUUUACCAGCAGCCAUCACUGAUGGCUUUGGAUGAGCAGGGUAAUUGUGUCUCAGUGGGAGUGACAUCUCUCACUGUAACAGCCAGUCUGAAAAACUCCAGUGGGCACAUAGUGGACGGGCUGGAGGGCAACACCACCAUUCUAUUCAAAACCUGUUGGGCUAACUUCACUGAUCUGUCUAUUCUCAACAGUGGUGAAAACCUCACGAUGGUGUUUACUUUGAAGGAGUGGAGCUCCAGAUCAAAAGCCUUCUCUGUGAAGAAUAUGCCCACUACCAUGCCCCCGCUGAUCACCACCACUAGGCAGCAGUCCACCACCGAUGAAAGCAUCUUCAACUCCGGCCCGGCCCUAACUGCUGGCAGUCUGUGUCUCAUCAGCAUCAUCUACGAGGUGGCCUGCUGCUCAGGCAGCAUCCCCAUAUGUUAAUGGUUCCUCCUCUAAAAGGUUUAAUGAAGGAUGACUCUACUUUGAUUUGCUUUUAGGAAAAAACUUUAUAGUUACUUUCUGUUUUCGAUUUUUAUUCUCAGGUAAAUACGUUUUAACACUUCCUCUAUCAAUUUGAUCAACAGCAUGCCUUGUACCCAAAUGUAUAAUAAGAGGGUAAUAUGUGUGUGGGAUUCUUCUGGGUAUGUAAUUACUUCUGGUUCUGAGGUUCUGCCUUAAAAAAACAUAAUACAUGAUGCACAUGCUAGAUUGUGACCAAGGAUAGAUUCUAAACCUUGUGUAGUCGUUUUUGUUUUGGAAAUUAAUUGUAUUGUCUUUGACUAUGUCACUAUUGUCAUGUGUGUUGAGUUGUAAUUUGAAUUAAUAUUCAAUUUUAUCCGAGUUAUUACUUCUGAAAUAUCUUUGAAAACUGCAAUGUUAAUCUAAUACAAAGAGAUCUACCUUGACUUUAACUUGUCUGUUUGUCAAGGCUGGCGAGUACUCAUUUUUUCAUGUUUUUCUCUCUAAUUGCAAUCAAGAUAAAGUCAUGUUACCCCAGCUUUUAUCCGGACACCUUGAUUAACUGUGAUGCGGCCAAAACAUAAAAGAAUUUGUCUUUUUUGCCUCAACUGCAGGUUUUGAAUAUUUUAUGUAAAUCAAAAUGUGGGAUGAGACUCAAAAAUGUCUUAAAAUGUAAAACAAAGAGGCAUGUAAUGCACUUUAAUCAGUAGCUUAAUUUACAUUUUUAGCAUUUUGCAGAAAGGUAGCUGUUGCACUUUACAGAUGGUUAAAUACUAAAUUCUGCUUUCAAUAAAUCCUACAUUUUAAAGCUU